AUGGCUACAGUUGUGGUCCAACAACAACCCCAAGUUCGACAGUCCACUCCUCCACCCCUCGGCCCGACCAUUUCAUUGAACCAAGCUCGAUCCUCGACACCGAUCCCCAACAAACACCUACCUUACUGUCCGCCGGGACCAGUUCCCUCGCAGACGCAAAUCACUCCUCCCAAUUCUCCUCCAUUACGGACCGUUGCCCCCAAACCCACCUCGCUCCUCCACCCCCCAAACAACUACCAGAGGCUGUGCAACUCCCCACCGAUAUAUGGCAUCUCGGCCAAGCAGGUGGCCGAAGCCCUCGAACACUAUGCUCGUCAGCCCCUUCCACAUCCGUCGUCCGUCUUUCCAUGGCUCCACGGGCUCCAUCCCGACAAUCAUAUCCAAUUGGCCUUCUUUGUCGCUAGGAAGAAGUCGCUGCGGAGAAUACCCAAAUGCUUGCGAGGAAUCACGAUCAUCAAGGCCGGCGGUGACCUGAGUCGCUCGAGAAUCAAAGGUGCCAUUGCCCCAGACGAAGUCCUCAACUUGUCCGAGAGCAAUGGUCGCGGCUUUGUAGACUGUGAUCCUCGAGAGGGCUUCUCGGUACGAAACUUCCAUAUCCAAGCGGCGAAGAUGGCGCUGGUGUCCGACAUCAUCAUUUAUGGCGACGAGGACACGGAUCACCGUAUCAUCAAGUCCGUCGCCGAGAGAACCGCGUCUGUGCAGAAGAAAUGGCGCAAAGAACUAGAAAACGCCGGCCAAUGCCCCGAGACUUUCAACACCUUCGUGUUGACGCAAUCUUUCGAGGACUUUGAGCAGCUAUAUCCUGAAUUGGUGGCGGUCGACUCUCAAGGCAGAUAUGAGGACCAUACACUUGACUUCCUCCAGCAAGAACGGAGAGAGAUGUGCGCCAUGUCCAAAGCCUCGGAAAUCUCGCAGGCCGUCUUCUACUGCCAGUCAACAGGGCCCUACACAAGCCCGCCAUCCAACCUCGAUGACCCGAGCUAUGACCUCUAUGUAGAAGCCAGUGAUCACGCUACUCUCCCUGACGACAAACUUCUGGCGGCGAAAUUGAAACAGCUGGAAGAACGCGACGAGGAUGACGACCCUGUCCACCUGACUUUCCCUAGCUCGGGAAGUAUUCUGCCGCCGUCAUGGUCACAAGUGGAAGUCGACGGCAUCCUGCGUAUGUGUCGAUGGCUAUACAACCUCACUCACACCAUGAAACCCGUCAGCAAAUGCAAAGACGAAGACGGCGACAUCCAGAUGACCGAAUUCGCACCUCGGCCCCGUCGAGUCCUGCUGCAUUGUGCUGACGGUUACACCGAAACCUCAAUGCUCGCCGUCGCCUAUUUCAUGUACGCUGAAGGUGUUCCCUUGCACGAGGCGUGGAUUCGCCUGCACUGUGAAAAGCGGCGCAACUUCUUCGCUUAUCCCUCAGAUGUCUCCCUAUUGAAAGCCAUCCAAGGCCGCAUUCUGACUGAAUCGCCCAACUUCGAUUCCUCAAAACUAUCCUCCAUAGAGGCCCCGGCCUGGCUGUCCAAACUGGACGGAAGUUUGCCGAGUCGCAUCCUCCCGUACAUGUACCUGGGCAACCUGAGCCACGCGAACAAUCCCCAAAUGCUCAAGCUGUUGGGCAUUCGGCGAAUUUUGAGUGUCGGUGAACCAGUCUCCUGGACGGAGCAGGAAGCCAACGACUGGGGACGAGAAAACCUGAUGAUGGUGGAUCGGGUGCAGGAUAACGGGAUUGAUGAGUUAGCACUGGAGAUGGAAAGAUGCCUAGAGUUUAUUGGACGGGGAAAACAAGACGGCACAGCGACUCUAGUCCACUGUCGUGUUGGUGUCUCUCGCUCCGCAACCAUUUGCAUCGCUGAAGUCAUGGCAAGUCAGGGGCUGAGUUUCCCUCGUGCAUACUGCUUUGUUCGCGCCCGGCGCCUCAAUGUCAUUAUCCAACCGCACCUACGCUUCGUCUAUGAAUUGAUGAAGUGGGACGAAUUACAGCAGGAGAAACGCGGCGUGACUGUCAAGAGAGAACUCGAAUGGGCGACCGUAGCAAGGGAGAUUGCUGCUAUGAACCGGCCUUAUGCACGGUCGUGA